UAACAGAUAUCUAGUCGUUCAGUUCGGUAGUCGUCGUCGGUUCGUUCGUCGUUGCGUUCCAAAUAUCACCCAAGUUUCUUACCGUGUGAGUGUCUCUCUCUGUGUGUUUGUGUGUGUUCGUGUCUAUAUUGUGCAAAGAAAAAAAACAAAGCAGGCAUACGACUUCAGUUUGGCAAACUAUGAGAAUGAAGAUGCCCGACCACAACAUUGGCAGCAGCAGCUCCGGUUACGCCGGCGGCAACGGUGGCAACUACAGCGACAGCUACGACUCGGACCCGGACGGUUACAUCACGCCACCGAACGAGGACAUCUCCGGCGGGCCAAACUACGACGAGGACUUUUCCGAGUACAUGUGGAUGGAAAACGAGGAGGAGUUUGACAAGCAGGAGAUGCAACGGCUCGAGGAGGAAGCGCUGAUGGAACAGUGCAUAGAGGCGAUGCUGCAGGACGAAAUUGACGCCCAGGAGCAGCAGCAGGACGGUCAGCCCAAGGAGGACGCAACGGAGAGCGCCAAGGAACUCUGCAGCGCACUGUCCACGCUGCAGGUCACUAAAGAUCAGAAGGCCAACGUUGAGAAGUCAACCUUGAAUCCUUUGGCCGCUGAAUUUGUGCCAUCGGUAGUACCACCGGCGUCAACUUAAGCGCUACGGCGGCCACAACACGACCUUUCAUUCUCUCUAGCGGUAGGCCAAACGUAAAGAAUACUCAAGUUGCAUUCAAACAAACCACACACAAAAUAACACGAAAAAAAAUAAAUACGUGUUAUUUCACACCGCAUUACGUUUGCGUUUACUUUUCUAUGAAAAGUAACGUUGAGUAUUGUUGCGAGGACUAACGACUAACAGAACAGAACAGAACAGAACAGCUGGCAGAGCAGAAGAUCGCAUGCAUGCAAAUUUCGGAAAAGAAAUAAAAAUAGUAAAUGGCGUACAAAACACAGACAAAAAAAAGUAUUUAGUUCUCAUGAUCUCAUUUCUUUGCGGCAGACUUGAGAGCAGGGUAAAAAAAUAAGGUAGCGCCAGAUAUCCGUGCAGAAAUAAUCAUUAUUUACAGAUAAUUCUUUAAAAAUCUUUUGAACAGUUUCAAGAAUCAUAAUCGUGCUACUUGUCAACAUUUAUCAAAAAAACAUAAAAAUGUAAUUGUCUUAAAUUUUAUUAUUUUUUCCUUAUUCGCAAUUCAAGUUAUCGUCAACUUCUACAACGAAAAUCAUUGUUUCUACUGGUUCUCCGUAAUUUUAAAUCAUCCAGGAAAACACAUCCAAAAUUUAUUUAAAAGUGAAAAAAAAACAAAAUAAUAAUCAAUAGACUAAAAGCAAAAAAAAUGUGACUGUCUUUGAAAGUAAUGUUUUUAGCCAAUUCGGUAGAUGGAAUAGAGAAACAACAAAAUUUAAAAAAAAAACUUACAGUGGAUAAACGCUAAGUAGAUAGUUCCUUAGUUCAAAAAGUAACCUGGAAGCCAUUUGCAAUACCAAUUCAAACGGUGGCCACAGGCCUAGCGUGUGGCCACUUUCUGUCUCACUUUAGCCAAGUGUAAUUGCAGUUUACAUAUGUUGUAGAAUCGUAAGCCGCACAAAAAAAGAACAAAACAAAAAUCUCAAAAAACGCUGUUACGGAAGGUUUGAUCUAGUUGCGAACGUAAAAAAAAAUGCUGCUUUUUUAUUUGCAUAAAAAUCAUAACAUGUCUACCAUCAAAAGAGUUUUUUUUAUUUCUGCUGGAAGCAAAUACUAUUUAUGGCAAGUCUGGAACAAAAAGUUACGACAGGAAUUCAAAAUUCCUUUGGCAUAACAAUGUUUCAACCUGUGAUUCCUUGCUUCUGUUCACGGGAGUAUAAGAAAAAAAAUGAAUUUCAACCUUUAAAUGAGCGCCAUUAUUCACAUGAUUGGAAGAUAUCAACACACACACAUACAUUAACGAAGAGCCGUGUUAUGAAAUAACUUUAAAAUUGAAGAAUUCAGAAAAUAGUAAGGUCCUUGCAUUUAGGUCAAAACAUGUGGAAACCCCAAGUAUCCAGGUUCAGUCGUCCUUCCUGAUAGACUUUUUUUAUUAACGUCAUUGUGAUUUUUUUUAUUUAUUUAACUGUUAAGAUAGCAGCGCAAAAAAUACAAUUAAAAUGUAAGAGAAAUAAGUUCAAACAUAAGUAUCAACUGUGUGAUAGUAAAAAAUAAAAAGUUAUAAAAUUAAGAAAA